AUGUCGGACAAUCCUCAUAAACUCAUUGGCUUACGCUGGAUGAAAGCCCAGUUCCUCACGCGGGCCAAUAUGCAGUACACCAAAGUUGUCGAUCUCACCAAGACGAAUCUUGUGAACCCAUUUUAUCCCAAAGGCCGCGACCUGAUCGUUAUGUCGAGCAUCCGUUUCAGCUACCGAGCUUUGGAAACACUGGUGGAUAAAACGGCAAAAGAUCGAAGCACAUUGGCGCACACCCAGUCAAUCAAGGGGACCAAGCGGAUCCUCUGUCUUCGUUCUCCUGUUGUUGGACGCACCAUCGCUGGAAAAACUACGCCUCCUCAACCGCAGCCCAAGGUAGAGGCACUAGAUCUUCGUUCGAGCAAGCCUCCUCCGGUAGCUACUACUUACGGCUUCAAACGUCAGCAACGAAGUCAAAGAAUUAACACCCUCCCUUUGCACCCGCACUGUCAUCGGCACUCUGUAUCCAGCUCAUUGUACGCGAGGUCGUUUCUGACUCAGAAGAUUAUCGGAGUCGACCACGUUUUCACAGCGGACAUCAAUGGCAAUUAUCUCUCUGCUACCACACCAAUCUCUGCUCACAUCCCCGCCAUACGUGCAGCUCUCAAGCUCAAGCCAGAUGACUUGGAUCCGAUCUUGAAUUUCACCAGCUUGACCUCUGCCGUUGUCGAUGCGGAAAUUCGCGGCUGCUCGGUGGACUUUGACGUCGUCGAGGUCGCUAAAGCGUCGGCCUAA